AUGAUUAUUUUUUUAUUUUUUCUAUAAACAUAUUAAUUAAGAUUCAAUAUAACAACACCUGAAGGAAAUCCAUCUGAAUUUAUAACAUUAUAGACAUAUUAAACAUUAAAAUUGAAGGUGGAAUUCGGCAAUUAUUAAUUAGGAACAGAGAAGAUAUUUUUAUAUAUAACUGAUAAGAUUUCACAUGAGAUAAAUAAAUCAUGUACUUUAAAACUGAUGAAUAGAUAAGAAGAUGAAUUAAAAAUAUUCGUAAAUGCAACAAAUACUGAAGAUAAAACAAUAUUAACAUCAUUAGCAAUAGUAUAAUUUAAAUAUAUAAUAAAUAGUCUGCAAUAAUAAUAUCACCAGCAAGAGGAUUAUUAACUUAACCAAAUUUAUUUCCUAUAAUUUUAAGUUAAAAGCUAAUUGAAUCAUAUAUGAUGCCAUUCAAUUUACCAACUAAUUAAAUAUACAAUUUAGAUGUUAUAAAUGAAGAUUUAUAAUAACUACCUUAGAAUUUAACUCCAUUUGGAUAAGAAUUUUGGUAAGAAUAUUAAGAAAAUGAUAUAUCAAUAAUAGCUUUGACAUGGAUACCAUUUAUAGGUAAUUGUAAGGAUCAUGGUUAUUAUUUAUAUUUGUAUAAUUUAUUAGAAAAUGCUACAUAUUGUGAUCUAGUUGCAGAAGAAGAUACUAAAGUAGUUAAUAUGGUACCAAAUAAUGGAUUUAAUGCAAAAGGAGAUUCUUGCAAUAUUAAAUUAGAAUGUUAUUUCUUAGAAAAUUUAAUGAUUGAAUAUGAAGGAAAUAAAUGGUGGUAAUCAGAAGAAGAAUCAUUAUUUUAUAUUAGUAAAUAUGCUUUGAAUUAUAAAUAUGUGGCUCAAAAUUCAGAUGAUUCAUUAACAAAUCAUUUUUAUAAUUAAAUUUAAGCUUAAGAUGAAUCAUUAAUUGCUGUUUAAUUUGUUACUUCUGGAAUUAUUAGAAAUAGUUAUCCAACUGAAUUUACAUUUCAUAUCUUGUAUAAUCAAAUAACUUAAAAAGAAAAAUAGAUAGUUUCUGCUGUUAUUACUGCAUCUAAUUAUUAAAAAGUAACAUAGAUUAUAAAUUAAUAUACAUUCAAUAUUGUAUAUCGUCCAAUGGAUUAUUUAGAAUUAAUUAAUUCCUUUUAAUUUGAUAUAACAUUAUAUUUAGUGUUAUAUUUAGUGAUUGGAAUUUUGAUAAAUAUAGGUAUAUUUGUAAUAUGGCUUAUCAAUAAAUCAAUAUCAAUAAUACCUGAUCCACCUAAAUUAAGAAUAUAUUAAACAUUCAUUGUUGCUUUUAUACCUCCAAUUACUGGUGUUAUUAGAGCAACAAUUCCAAUUGUUAUUUAUGUAUUAAUAUUAGAUUAUUUAUUUGCAACUGAUUUAUUUUCAGGAAUUACUUAUAAUUAUGAUGGAUUACCUGAAGAACUUGAUAAUUAAUAAUUAUAUUAAAAAGGAAGGGUUGGACUUAUGUUAGUUGUUUCUGGAAUUAUUAUUAUGAAAAUAGCAUGUAAAUUAAGUAUUCCUAAACCAAUUGAUGAGGAUUGGGGAAUUAUUAGAUCUAAUAUAGAAAAAAAAAAUGAAGAAAAAUAUUUUGAUUUUAGUAUAAGUGAAGAAGAAUCUAAAGAAAGUCCAAUUAAAUAAGAUGAAAUCAGAGAAGCAUAAGGAACAUCUAAAAAUGUUGAAAAUAAUCUUUAAUCUAAUAGUAUUAGUAGAUAAGGUUCUUUAUUUUCAAAAUAAUAACCUCCAAUUCCAGGAUCUGCACCACCUAUGACUAAAGAAAAAGAAUCUACUAUGCCAAAAAAUUCAUUAUUUAAAAAAGCUACUAUUUUAAAAUAAAGUAGUUCUAUUAAAGAUAAUUAAUCAUUAAAAGAUUCUAUUAGUCCUGUUUAACUCUUAUAAAGAUAGUAAUAACUAUUUAUAUUAAAUAUUAUAGAAAUUCUUCUGGAGUUCCUAUUGAUAAAAAUAAAUCAAUCUUCAAUUAAGCUUAAUAGAGUUAAUAACCAUAAAUUAAUGAAAAUCAAUAAUAACCUGAAGAAGAAGAUAUAAUCGAUAAAUUAAAAGAUAGCCUUAUAAGUAAAGACUAUCAUUAUUAAUUAAUUUGUAUUAUGAUAGCUGCAUUAUUGUUAUUUUUUCUUGGAUUCUCAUAUGAAUAAUUAUUCUAUAAGAAUAUUUAUUACUUUUUGAUUGUCCUCUAAUUUGUUGAAUCUUUUGUAUAUUGGCUUUUAAGUGAAUAUUUAUUAGAAGAAUAAACACUCAUCUAACCUUUGAUGGCUUGUUUAGAAGUUGUUUAAUUUAUUAUGUUUAUGGCUGCUGAAUCUUUUUAAGAAUUUGUCAUCUCUUUUGUAAUACGUCUCUCAUUAAUUAUUGUUUUUAGAACUUACAUUAAUCCUGUUAUUAGAAAUUUUAAACAUUUUAAAAAGAAGCUCAUGAAUUUCAUUAAUAAAUGGCAACCAUUCUUUAAUCUAGAAUAAGAAUAAGAAUAACUACCAGAAGAUAAUAUUUCAUUUUAUUUAGGAUAACAUACUGAUUCUAAAUUUACAGAAGAUUAAUCUGUUGAAUAUGUUAUAUAAAUGAAUAUGGGUUUUAGUAGUAAAGUUCAUGCUAUAUUUAUUAAACCUAUUGUUUUAGUCUUUAUCAAAUUAUUUGAAAAAGAAUCUCAAAUUACUAAUAAUUAUUAUAUUGGAUUUCAAGAAUUUAAUUACUAUAUUUAUUUUGCUUUUUUUGUGAUCAUUCCACAAAUAUUCAUUGAUAUUUAUGUUUUAAAUAGUCUUGAAAUGAUUUAUGGGUUUAAACUAUUUGAUUAUUUUGAUUAUUGUAAGUAUAGAAAUGAUUUUAGAAUCUAAAAAUUUUUUGAACAUUCCUUUUCUUAUGAUCGUAGUAUUGAUCCUAAAUAUAGAUCAAUAGAUAAUAUGAAAUUUACAGAUUAAUUCUAUUAUAAUGGUAGUUUAGUCAUCUAUAGCAUAUUACUAUGUAUUCUUGGAACUACUAUUAUGAUUAGAAAUAAUUAUGUCUUAUAUUAGGAUCCAGCUAUUUUCUUAAUUAUUUUAUUCAUCUAUAUAUUUAUUACUUUAUUACAAAAUAUCAUGUUAUACAUUUGGAAUAAGAUGGAUGUAUGGAAGAUUAAAGAUACAAAGUAAAAAUUGAAUUUAGAUUCAUUAGAAGAAUUUCUUAAUCCUGCCAAAGAAAAUAUUGAAUAAAUUAUUGAAGUUGAUGCUUUUAAAAAACAUUUUAUUAAAUUAAAUAAAGAUUGGUUAGUCUCUAAUAUGGAAUUGUUUAUAAAUGUCGAUCAAUUUACAUAACAUGAUGAAUUUCUAUUAUAAACUUAUCAAUUACUAUUGAAUGAUGAAAGAAAAGCAUAAAAAGAAAUUAUUAGAAAUGAACAAAUGAUUAAGAAAUAAAAAGAGUUAGAAUUGAAAUCAAAAAAAAAAAGAAGAAAGACUUCAUAAUCAUAAUCUAUAAUAAAAUCUUAAAGAGAUAUUGAAGAAAUAGAUGGAUAUUAACAUACAAUUAGAAUCAAAAGAUCAUAGGUUGAAAAUUUAAGAAAGAUUUUAUCUAUUUGGUAUUAUAAGGCAAAAUAAACUUUAUUUUUAAAAUAUUUAGUAUCUGAUGUUUUAGCAUAAAAUUAAGCUGAACAUUGUAAAAGAUGUGGUUUAGAUAUAGAAUUAAGAGUAGUUGAAUUGAUACCAUUUGAAAAGAUGUCAAAUUAAUUUAAAUAUAGAAUAAUGGGAACACCUUUUAAUAAAUUUGAAUGGAUCAAAUAUUAUGAAACACAUUAAAAAUUUGUUACGCUUUGUAUUGAUUGUGAAAAUGCUUAUAAAAGUAGAUUUCUAUAGAGAUAAAAUUAAAGUGCUAAUGAUGUAGCUAAAUUAGCUUCAUAAAACUUUGUUGCUAAAGCUUUUGUAUUUAAAUGGCUUUAUGCAGCUAGAGCUAGAAUGCUUCACAAAAAAUCAAAAUUAGUAGAACAAUUAAAUUAUUGA